UGUGGAAUAAGCCGCUGCGGACGCUUUAAAUAGACUCCAAGCCGGCUGACGUUACGACUAUCCCGUGUUGAAGCUGCAGUAAGUCAGGGCGAGAUUUCCACAUGCUGUGUGUGAGGAUUGGUGCAGCAAUUCUCCAGUGUUGUAAUCUCAGAUUAAAUUAACGAUGAGCGCCCCUGAUUAUAUGCAAUGUGCAGAGGACCAUCAGACCCUCCUCGUCGUGGUGCAGCCCGUCGGCGUCAUCAAGAAUGAGAAUUUCUUCAAGAUCUAUAACCGUGUCUCCUCCGUGUGUCAGGUUAACCCUAUGAACACUCAACGAUUGCUGUCUAUCCGAUACCGACACCAGUACCCAGUUGACAACAAUGAGUGGGGAGACUUCCAGACUCACCGUAAAGUGGUCGGCCUUAUUUGUAUUGCAGAAUGCACCUCCGCCAGGGACUUACCUCACACCAUCUUGAAGUUUGAGCAGCAGAAGGAAGCCUACAGUUCUACUCUGUAUGACUCGCGGCUGUUCCUUUUUGGGUUUCAGGGCGAGAUGGCGGAUCAGAGCCGCAUUGAUGUAGCUUCCUAUCCCAGCUAUGAUAACUGUGCUGCUGUGGACAAGCGGGUGGAGGAUUUUAUUCAGUCUCUCUUUAUUGUACUGGAAAGCAAACGUCUAGACAGGACCAGUGAGAAAUCUGGGGAGAAGAUCCCUUUGCUGUAUGUCCCAUAUGAGAAGAAGGACUUUGUUGGGUUGGACCCAGAUAGCAGGCACUACAAGAAGCGAUGCCAAGGGCGUAUGCGCAAGCACGUGGGAGACCUGUGCCUGCAGGCGGGGAUGUUACAGGAUGCCCUGGUGCAUUACCAUAUGGCUGUGGAGCUGCUACGGGCCGUUAAUGACUUUGUCUGGCUUGGAGCUGCCCUGGAAGGUCUGUGCUCUGCGUCUGUUAUCCACCAUUACCCCGGGGGCACAGGAGGAAAGGCUGGAACUCAAUUGCGGCAGAGUGUCACAAUGUCUGCUGAUUCGUUCAAGAGACACCGCCCAGGUGCACAGGAAGUUCUCAUUGACCCAGGUGCUCUGUCGACUAAUGGGAUCAAUAUGGAUGCCAGCACUGAGAUUGGUCGUGCCAAAAAUUGUCUGAGUCCUGACGAUAUCAUUGAGAAAUACAAAGAGGCCAUCUCUUACUAUGGGAAGUCUAAGGCCGCGGGGGUGAUUGAGCUGGAAGCCUGUGUGAAGGCCGUUCGUGUGUUGGCCAUACAGAAAAAGAGCAUGGAUGCCUCAGAGUUCCUACAGAAUGUAGUGUACAUCAAUUUGCGCCAGCUUUCUGAAGAAGAGAAGAUUCAGCGUUACAGUGUUCUCUCUGAACUGUAUGAACUCAUCGGCUUCCACCGUAAAUCUGCCUUCUUCAAACGUGUUGCUGCAAUGCAGUGUGUGGCCCCAAGUAUUGUAGAGCCCGGAUGGAAGGCCUGCUAUAAACUACUGCUGGAGACACUGCCGGGGUACAGCUUGUCCCUGGACCCCAAGGACUUUAGUAAAGGAACACACAAGGGAUGGGCUGCUGUGCAGAUGCGCCUUCUCCAUGAGCUCGUGUAUGCUUCUCGUAGAAUGGGGAACCCUGCCCUGGCCGUACGCCAUCUUUCUUUUCUUCUGCAAACCAUGUUGGACUUUCUGUCGGACCAAGAGAAGAAAGAUGUGGCUCAGAGCCUGGAGAGUUACACCUCAAAAUGCCCUGGCACUAUGGAUCCCAUUACAUUACCAGAGGGGCUUGUUUUGCCCCCAGUUCCUUUCACCAAACUGCCCAUUGUCAGAUCUGUGAAACUUCUGGACCUCCCGGUCAUUCUGAGGCCGCAGAAGGUGAAAAACCUGUUGGGUCAGAAGCUUUCCACCAAGAGCCCCUUCAUCUACUCCCCAAUUAUUGCUCACAACCGCAGUGAGGAGAAGAACAAGAAGAUAGAUUUCCAGUGGGUACAAGGUGAUGUGUGUGAAGUUCAGUUGAUGGUCUACAAUCCCAUGCCCUUUGAACUGAGAGUUGAGACAAUGGGUCUCCUGACGAGUGGAGUCGAGUUUGAAUACCUCCCGGCGGCCCUUUCCCUUCCCGCAGAGUCCGGCCUCUAUCCUGUCACAUUAGUUGGCGUUCCCAGAACCACCGGGCAGAUCACAGUCAAUGGAUAUCACACAUCAGUUUGUGGAGUAUACAGUGACUGUCUUCUUGAUAACCUUCCGGGCCUUAAAAACAACGGCUGCACAGUGGAAGUCAUUCCUGCAUUGCCCAGGCUUCAGAUCAGCACUUCCCUACCCAGGUCGGCUCAUGUGCUCCAGCCAUCUUCAGGAGACGAAGUCUCGACCCACGUUUCCGUUCAGCUGUACAAUGGCGAGACACAAAAGGUUAUAAUAAAACUAGAAAACAUCGGGGCAGAGCCCCUCGAGAAACUGGAAGUGACUUCAAAAACAGUCAACACCAAAGAAAAGUUCUACGGCGACUUCCUGAGCUGGGACCUAGAGCCGACACUGUCCCAAUUCCCUCUGAAACCUGGAAAUACGGCCACUUUAACGGUCUACAUCAAGGUCAAGCUAGACUUCUCCUGCCAAGAGAACCUUCUGCAAGAUCUCAGCGAUGACGGGAUCAGCGUCAGCGGCCUCCAGAUUUCCAGCCCUUUCCGACAUGUUUCCAAACCCAGAGUGGAGACUAAACCAGUCAACCAAUCAGACAGCAAGAGCAGCGAUUUCAGCCACGUAAAGACACUGGAAGGAAUUCUAAACUUUAAGUACUCCGGAGGCCCAGGGCAUGUGGAAGGAUACUACAGGAACCUGUCUCUUGGCCUUCAUGUGGAUGUGGAACCUUCAGUGUUUUUCACCCGUGUCAGUACCCUACCUGCAACAAGCACAAGGCAGUGCCACCUACUCUUUGAUGUCUUCAACUCAACGGAGCAUGAGCUCACUAUUAAUGCCAAGGACAACCAGGAACUCAUUCUUCAUGCUGGAGAGUGCCAAAGAAUGGCCAUUCAGGUGGAUAAAUUCAACUUUGAGGGCAUUUCGGAUGCGCCUAGUGAAAAGCAGAACUACCACAACAUGAAGGAGAUAGAAGAAGAGAGACAACAUUCCAAAGGCUUGGAGAUCAACAGCAAGUUGGGCAUUCGCUGGAAAAUCCCGACCCUGAAGCGAGAAGGAGAGGCAAGUGUAGAAGGAGUGUUAAACCAGCUGGUUCUCGAGCAUCUCCAACUGGCUCCUCUGCAGUGGGAUGUGCUGGUCGAUGGGAAACCCUGUGACUGCGAUGCGAUUGCCGACUGCAAAGUGGGGGAUCCAAUUCACCUCGAGGUGCGACUGACUAACUGCAGCAAGAAUGCGGUCGGCCCCUUUGCUCUGACAGUCAUUCCUUACCAGGACUAUCAGAAUGGUGUCCAUAACCAUGAGCUGCAGGAUAUAGUCACAUUUGUGGGAUCCAAUACGUUCUACAUUGGAGCAGUGCAGCCAAUGGAUCGUUCUGUGUGCUUCGGAGCUCUGCUUUUCCUCUACACUGGAGAUUUUUAUCUGGACAUCAAAUUUCAGGACGAUAACUCCAACAGAGAACUCCCUUUGUCUUGGUUCUGCCUCCCCAGCGUCCAUAUCCGUGCCAUAGACACCCUCAAUGAAACCAAAUUCUGAUACCCUACUGGUGCCGUUGUUUUCUUAUGUUUUUUGGGAGUCCUGUUGCUAAACUGAUGGAAGAAAUAUUGCGCCCUCCAACAAUAGAGCCUUUCCGCCUGAUUAAAACUUUUUAUUUAACCUCUAGAUCGUCACCUAGCACUUCCACUUCACAACCCUAUUCCUUUACUAUACAAUAACCCAACUCAUUGGAAAUAUUCUCCUUCAACAAAAAAAAAGGACAUUGGGAUUUUGUAUGGUAGAUAAUGCUAAGCAAUCACAGUCUGGUUGACGUCAACCUUGUAGUGUUGUUGAAUUAAUCAUCUGGGGUUGGGAUCAUUUGGGAAAUGAAUGAUGUUACUAUGGAAUGGGCAGGGAUAAUAAAGUUACAGUACUGUA